CUCCCCACGAAAUGAUUCAAUCACCGACUCCACCCACUCUCAUCGAAAUUGCCCAAACGACCUCGCUCUCAUCAUCUCCUCCAUCUCAGAUACCAACAGAGAUCGUCAGCGACGAAGAAAUGUCACUCAUCGAAUCCGCCUUCUCUUUGGCUUUCAAAGCCCGCCCCUCUUUGAGCUCUUCCUCUACUUCUGUUCACUUCCAUCGUAAUUCUUCGUCCAUUACUCUGCAUUCUAAACGGAGUUUCUCGAAUUACUCUUCGUCUUACUGCGUAGGUGAUAUCGAGGAUGGAAUUGGAAUUCGGAGCGCACAGAAGAAAAGGGUUGGUGAAUCCUUGUUGUAUCGGUUCAGGAGGAAAACAGGGUUGUUCGUUACGGAUAUCACCUCUACGGAAUGGUGUGAAAAGCAAAAGGAGUUUUUCCUUGUUUGCGGAAAGCCAAAAGCAACUAAAGCUAUGAAAGCCGGCAGUGCCCGUCAUGCAGUACUUGAAGAAGAGGUUAUAACAAGAGUAGAAGUUGUCAUAAGAUCAGCUGAAGAACAUUGGGCUUUGAAAAUGAUUAAUUUUAUACAUGGUACCAAUCAAUUAUUGAUGGACGGAUUAACACGCGAGUUACCACUGAUAGGGUUUGCAGAAGGUGUAUGCGUGGUUGGAGUUAUUGAUGAAAUCUGUAUGUCUAGAUGUGCUCCAACAUUAGUUGAAACCAAAACCCGUUCACAAAACAGUCUCCCUUCCGAACCCCAACAGCGAAAUGGAAGGCUUCAGUUGAUGUGCUACAAGUACCUUUGGGACAACCUACUUGCUAAUCCAUUUCCUUCUCAGCAGUUUCUAGAAUCAUUUUCUUUAAACCCUGAUUACAAAUUAUCCAAACAAAUCCAAGAGACCGCUGUUCAAGCAGGUCUACCUGCACCACAGACACUCAAUGACGUAUUAAGGCGAUAUGAAUACGUCUGUUCCAUGCUGCCCAAAACUCGAGACCAGCUUCUGUUAAGGUACGAGUACCAAAAAGACCAAUCUUUGAUAAGCGAGAACCAAUUUUUAUACAAAUCUAAUUGGGUCACGGAUCAAAUCAGAUCUAGUCUUGAAUUCUGGAAGGGUGACCGAGAAGCUAGUUACACUCCCCAGGAUGAGCGUUGGAAAUGCAACCAUUGCAAGUAUGCGUCUAGGUGCCCUGUCCAGAACCCAGUAUCCGAAGAAGCUUAAAAAAGGAACCCGUUUUCCCACUUGAAGCAUACACGAUCAUACAGCCGGGUAAGUAACUGUCACACCACAGUGGUCAAAUCUUCGUAAAUCUUACCAAACCCUACCUCCAGAUGGGAUACACUGUGUGUUUGUUUGAUUUGGCUUUCUGUUGAAAAGUGGUGGCAUCCGGUGGUUCAUUUUGUAGCCCUGGGUCAUCUCAACCCUUGAGGUAUUCGUGUAUAGUUCUUUCGUGUAGUUCGAGCUCGUCUCGGUGUCUUCUCUAUUAUUAGUAUAUUUAUUGUUCUUCCUUUUCCAUAUGACUGCUUAUAGUUCACAUGUAAUUCACAUAUUCAAGUGGCAACAUUACGGUUGUUACAUGAA